UCUUCGAAUCUGCUGGUCGCAAUAUACCUAGAAAAAUGUUGAUCUUAAAGCAUCCGAAAACCGGACAAACUCUGGAGGUUAAUGAGUUUUGGCUCCGUGACCACUGCCGUUGUGGAGAGUGCCUAAAUUUGGAUACAAGUCAACGGCGUUACGAUCUCUUAGACCUUCCAGCUGAUGUGAAAUCACUGGAGGUGAAGUACGAAGGGAUAGUGCUCCAAGUUUCGUGGAGCGAUGGCCACCAGUCGAAUUACGAUCUGGACUUUAUUUUCCAUUCCCAGCUGGAUCGUCUGAUAAGCCGGCGAUCAAAGUCCACUAAUCUGACGCCCUGGAAUCGCAGCAUUAUUUUGCAGAACGAACGUUACUUGAGAUUCUCUUUGACCGAACUGGUUUCCAGCGAUGAGGUUGUAAAAUCUCUUGUUGAAUCUCUAGUUCGGUAUGGCAUUGUUUUCAUCGAUGACGUGGCCCCCACAGCAAACAUGACCGAGUUGGCCCUGCGAACAGUUUUUCCGCUGAUGAAAACCUUCUUUGGUGAAAUGUGGACCUUUAGCGACAAGCCCGAUCACGCGGACACCGCUUACACGAAAUUAUAUCUGGGUUCCCACACGGAUAAUACGUAUUUCUGCGAUGCAGCCGGACUGCAGGCACUUCAUUGCCUCGAACACUCGGGUUCCGGUGGAGAAAAUUUCUUUGUGGAUGGUCUGCAUGUCGUCCACGAACUGAAACGCCAAUUUCCAGCAGCUUAUGAUCUGUUGUGUAAAGUUCAAGUUCCCGGGGAGUAUAUCGAAAAGGGGGAGCACCAUCGUCAUACGGCUCCCAUUAUCCAGGUGGAUCCCCUCACCCAGGAAUUCGUUCAACUCAGGUUGAAUGUCUACGAUCGAGCGGUAUUUGAUACCAUACCUCAGUCCGAAAUGGGGAAAUUCUAUGAGAGCCUUCGUCAGCUCCUGCGAAUUGUUAAGGAUGAUGAACAACAGUGGAUAGUGAAGCAAUCUCCAGGCAGCAUUGUGCUUUUUGACAACUGGCGGGUUCUUCACGGUCGCCAUGCUUACACAGGAAGUCGCACAAUGUCAGGUUCUUAUAUCCAGCGAACGGAUUUCCUAAGCAAGGCUCGUGUCUUGGGAAUAAUAGAGUAAAAGCUAAUAAAAGUAAUGAAAAUAAUAAAUUAAUAACAAUUAAGACUAUGAAAAAUGUUAAACAGAAUCUUUCAGUUUUAUUAGUGCCUGCUAAAAAGCGUCUUAACAAUUUAAAUAAAACAAAACUGAUAGAAUCGAUUGAGAAAAUCAACCAGCAGCAUAUCUCAGUUUAAAUUGAAGAAAAAGUCUUGUAAAGCGGUUAUAUAUUCAAGGUGGCUUAAACAUAUUAUCCUCUGUUUCAACCGAGCCCUUCUCCAAUUCAAUUUCGAUUGCAAAUGCCAACGCAUCAUAAUAAAA